GUGAGCUGAAAUGUGGUAAUCUGUCAAGAGUUGCACCUUUCAGUCUUAUGGGAUAGUUCUAAUGAUCAAAUGUAACUAAAAUCCCUCUUCCAACAACACGUGGGGUCAAGUGGUCAGUCCUCCAGAUGAUGCCGUGCACUGUGUCCCAACUGCUGUCUGCCACGGCUGCCAGGGAAGUCUUCAGUGUUGGUGACAUUGAGGUCAACCAGGUAUCUGUGGUGGGUAUCGUCAGGAGAACGGUUCCCUCAGUAAACAAUGUCUUGUACUCCGUGGACGACAUGACUGGACCACCAUUGGGCGUGAAGCUCUGGGUGGACACUGCAGAUCCUGGUGUGGACAGUACUUUUGUUUCCCCAGGGACUUAUGUCAAGGUCUCUGGAAGUCUGCGUAUCAUUCAGGGCCAAAGAUCAUUGGUGGCUUUCAACCUCUGUUGCCUUGAGGACCUGAAUGAGAUCACCUCUCACAUGCUGGAGGUAGUGCAGGCCCACAUGCAGCACAACAGGAACCCGUGUGGUGGUAAUCUUGGAGAUGGAGACGCGUCAACCUAUGGGCUGAGUGCCAGUCAGAGCCAGGUGUUGAACCUGAUCAGGAGUUGCUCAGACUCCAAGCCCAGGGGCAUCAGUCUAGAGGAGCUAGACAUUAAGCUGGGGUACCUCAGCAUGACUGCCAUCAGCCAGACCUUGGAGUUUCUAAUCAGCGAAGGCCACAUCUUCUCCACCAUCGAUGACAAGCAUUUCAGGUCCACUACUGGCUAGGCCCCCAAACUCAACUCUGGACCUUGAAGCCAGUCCACUGCAUGUUUUCAUUGUUCCCCUCUAAUCAGUGGAUGAUUCGGUGUGAGUGCAAUUAUCAGGUAGAACAGAACCAGCAGGUUCUGGACCUCAUAGGGUAAGAGUUGUUACCUCUGGGUUAGAGAAUGUCUUCUGUUUCAGGUCAACUUACAUCAAUGGCUAUAGGAUGUUUUUAAAUAAAAACGUAGAACAUUUUGGUUUAUCAACAUGCAUGCCCGUUACUUUUUAUGAUUUGUUAUUUAUAUUAUUUACACUCAAAUAUGGUGACGCUGUGGCCUAAUUUAUUUUAUAUUGUUUAUUUUGUUUUGAGGUCCUCUGGUAUGUGACAGCUGAUGUACAGUGUAAAAUGUUGAUUGGAUAUAUGAUUGCUUGGUGAAAUGUCAUUAUGCAAUGAAAAUAAUGAAUCAUCAAAAUUGUAUUGUCUUGAUUUGCUAAACAAACAAAAUAUGUUGACGCAAACCUCCACAAUCGUGGGAAACUUGUUAUAAAUCUACCCCCAAACAAUAUGAUCUCCAACGUAUAUAGCAUAGACAUUUAAACCAGGGGAA